CUGUAACUUAGCAACUGUCCCGCUGAAUGACCGGUUGAACAAAUCCUAUUAACGACUCCGUUAUUGAAUGAGACUCGUCGCCAGAGCUGUUGUUCAUGCCUCGCUCCUCAUCCGUGUAUCACAGGUAUGGAUUUUGACACGCGCAAGUCCUCUCUGCGCAAGCGCGCCGCUGCGUCCCCUCCCUCUACCUGAGGGGAGCGCACCUGGAUCCAACGAGACGGAAGUUCAGCGGACAGGAGGAAGAAGACAGAGCGAAUCUUUUUUUUUUUUUUUUUUGUCUCCCCAGCUUCAAAAGUUUCUCUGGAGUUCAAGCCGACAAACGCAGGAUCUCCAGCGACUGCAGGAUGUCAUUCACCGAGCCUCUCCAGGAUUCGUCUCCUCUCACCUGAACCUGUAGCUCAGCGGCUCACGCCUCAUCUCCAGUCGAAAAGGAUGACAUCCCUCCGCAGAGUUCUCCGAAGGCGACUGCACCCAGUUAAACUGGCCGUAGUGGCCCUCGUCUUCGUCACAUUCGUGUUCUUCAUACAAUGGGAGGUGGGGAGCCAAAGCCAACUGGAGGACCCCUGGCUGAAGGAGGUGGCGGUGAAGCGGGACACCAUGCUGGGCAUGGUGAUGGGAGCUGUCAAUAACUUCAGGGAUGCCAUGCCAAAGAUGCAGAUCAGAGCUCCUGUGCGUCAGCAGGACAGUGCAGACAGCGCGUCCUGUCCGCCGGGUCACUACACAGCCGCCGAGCUCAGGCCGGCUCUGGAGAGGCCGCCUCAGAACCCUCUCGCUCCCGGAGCAGCCGGGAAGCCUUUCCACACAGACUCGCUGAGCCCGGCAGAGCAGAAGGAGAAGGAGAGGGGUGAAGAAAAACACUGCUUCAACCUGUAUGCCAGUGACCGCAUCUCCCUGAGCAGAGACCUGGGCGCUGACACCAGACCUCCAGAAUGCAUUGAGCAAACCUUCAAGCGAUGCCCCCCCUUGCCGACCACCAGCGUGAUAAUUGUGUUCCACAAUGAGGCUUGGAGCACUCUGCUGAGGACAGUGUACAGUGUCCUCCACACCUCCCCUGCCAUUCUCCUCAAGGAGAUCAUCCUGGUGGACGACGCCAGCGUGGAUGAUGUGCUGAAGGACGAGCUGGAUGAGUAUCUGAAGCAGCUGAACAUCGUCCGUGUCGUCCGCCAGCGAGAAAGGAAAGGACUCAUCACCGCUCGCCUUCUGGGUGCCGCUGUUGCCACCGGUGACACCCUCACCUUCCUGGACGCCCACUGUGAAUGCUUUGAUGGGUGGCUGGAGCCGCUGCUGGCCAGGAUAGCUGAGAACUACACUGCAGUAGUGAGUCCUGAUAUCACCACCAUUGAUCUCAAUACAUUUGAGUUCAUGAAACCGUCCCCGUAUGGCCAGAACCACAACCGGGGCAACUUUGACUGGAGCCUCGCCUUCGGCUGGGAGAGUCUGCCAGAUCAUGAGAAACGAAGGAGGAAGGACGAAACAUACCCCAUCAAGACUCCCACAUUUGCUGGCGGGCUGUUCUCCAUCUCUAAAGAAUACUUCUACCAUAUCGGAAGCUAUGAUGAAAAAAUGGAAAUCUGGGGCGGUGAGAACAUUGAGAUGUCAUUCAGGGUGUGGCAGUGCGGCGGACAGCUGGAGAUCAUCCCUUGCUCCAUUGUCGGUCAUGUUUUCCGCACCAAGAGCCCCCACACCUUUCCCAAGGGUACACAAGUGAUCGCUCGUAACCAGGUGCGCCUGGCGGAGGUCUGGAUGGACGACUACAAAGAGAUCUUUUACCGUCGUAACCAGCAAGCUGCACAGCUGGCCAAAGAUAGGGACUUUGGAGACAUCUCCAGACGCGUGGACCUCCGUGAACAACUGCAGUGCAAGAGCUUCUCGUGGUAUUUGAAGAACGUUUAUCCAGAAGUCUUCAUGCCUGAUCUCAACCCACUCCGCUUUGGCUCGGUGAAAAAUGUCGGCAAAGACUCUUGUCUGGAUGCUGGAGAGAACAAUGAGGGAGGGAAACAGCUGAUCAUGUAUCCAUGUCACGGACUAGGAGGAAACCAGUAUUUCGAGCUCUCCACACAUCACGAGAUUAGACACAACAUUCAGAAGGAGCUAUGUUUGCACGGGGCAGAGGGGGCUGUGAAGCUGGAGGACUGCCAGUAUAAAGGCAGGAACACAUUCGUAGGAACAGAGCAAAAAUGGGAGCUGAAGGAUAACCAGCUACUCUACAUCCCCGGAUGGAACAUGUGUCUGAGCGCCCGUCAUGAGCAUCCCUUCCUGGCCCCCUGCAACCCCGCAGACAGAUACCAGCUCUGGUCCUUCAUCUGAGUCCGAGCUACCACUUCACAAGCUAGCCACUCCGUAUGAGUGGGCAUACUAGGAAAUGAGUUUACUAUACUGUAUGCAGUUAAAAGGCAGUUUUCUUUAGACUAUUGACAUUGAGUUUUAAUUUAUUUUUAUACAUAGAAGAACUGAACUGAACUGCUGCUGCUGGGAAGUUUGGACUAUGAGGAGAAACCACAGUGUGCCUCUGCUGGAGGGAAGCAUUGAAACGAUGCUCGCCAAUCAGACUGUGAACUGAGCUUCUUGGAAACGAUGAAGAUGCACCGCGUUCUGGCGAGUGCCUCCUUUGUGUUUGAGAUGUUUUCACUACGCCGACUCUUCACAACCAACACAUGCAGUAUUGGAUAUAUAAAGCCAACAAUGAACUUUUUUUUUUUUUCCAGCAAGAAUAAAAAAUACAGCCGAUCAUGUAUGCGAUAAGUUCGCACAGAAAUAUUAUAAAUAAGGCUAUUAUGCACCAAAGUGAGUGAAAGUGACGACCUGAAACACACAAGAAUGAUGUGCAUUGUCCCUUUUUAAUGCAAAACCGUCUGGUGCCUUAGAUUUUAUUUUAUACAGGGUGGGUGGAGUGGUGGAGGGAUGGGUGAUGGUGUGGUGGCAUUGUGGUUGCAGUUGAUGCAGAAUAAUGGCUUCUACAGUCUUGUGAUCAGAAGAAAGAAUUAUUUCACUUUUUUUUUAGGUCAAAUUCAAAAACCUUUUUUUAAGCUAUGUUAGCUACAGACCACUCCUCUUAAAAUAAUGUAAUCCAAUGGAAAUAACCUGCAAUAAAUUCAGCCUUCAUGAAGAUUGUAGUACCUUUAGUACCUUUGUGCCUGUUUAGGGAGAUGUCCAUUCAACUCCAUGGUUAUUUCGUGGGCUUCAGUUGUGUUUUUAUUAAUAGAUCAAAUAGGCAAAAAAAAUUAAUAUCACGAUAUUGUUUCGCCCACUUAUCGUGAUAGACGAUAGUAUUGUUGCUCGUCUCGCAGAGUGAGCUGCGCUGUGUCAUGGACUCUGUGGUAACACCACAGACAUAUAACCUCAUUCAAAUCCCUUGGCUCGUCAGUUUCUCCUGCUUUAAACCCCCCAAAUAUUGCCAUAUUGGGGAGCUGGCAUUCAUCUUAGAAAGUCAUCCAUGUCUGUACAUUAGAACAUUGUGCGUAUGUCACUUACUCAGAUAUGGUCAUGCAUUGCCUCUGCUGCCAUCAAAGCUCUGCCUGCAUUUUUUUUUCAAAAUAAAAGCCUGAAGGUGCUGUAACAGCUGUUUAAUAGUCGAUAAUGUGAGAAAUAUCGAAUAUGUGGCAAAUAUCGCAAUACUUGCUAAUGACGAUAACUAAUUAAUACAAACACCUUUCACUACAAUGGAAUUAAAAAAAAAUGAACACAUAAACCUUCAUGAGCACAGGAUUUACUGCAGGACUGCUAAUUAAGACUA